AGCCAAGGAUGUGAAAGUAAUGGAAAGGAGCUGAACUUCUCGUGUCAGUGAUUAAUGGUAGGAUAGACUUACAGAAGGGAAAGUUUUAAGUAGGAACGACAAAUUUGCUGAAAUGCUAGAUUUAGCUGCAAUUUGGUGCUAUUAAGAUUUAUCGAGAUAAAAAAGGAUGAAAGUUGCAUGUAUCAGUAAAUUCUUACGUGUUGACGACAUUUUGUGUACUAGAUGGCUGCUUGGCAUAUAGCCAGUGUUGACUUAACCUAAGCUAUAGAGCAUGGCGUUUUUCUGUAUAAAUCAAAUUAGAAUGAUUGUGCAUGCAUAUACACAACUGAGAGUAAUGACAGAAACAUUUAAUACAUGGAGGUCGUGGUGAAAAUGUGUAAAAGUCUAAGAAACGAAAACAUCGAAGUGUUAUGAGUGGGAGGGGAAAGGAUCCAGAAAUGAAAACCUUAAAUGUGAACGGACAUGUUCGUGCGAAGUGGAGCAUCAGAGAGUGUGACGAAAACAGUGGAUGGAAAUUGAAAGAUGUUCGGAGAAAACAGGUCAAGGCUGAGUCGCUGGAUGGGGUAAAGAUUAUUCGCGAGUUGUACACAACAAACUUCGACAGUAAAUUUGAUGACCGAUACUGGAGAGUUGGAGACAUUCAUCUUAUCGAAAAUGAUAAGCUUCAAUCACAGUUCGAAGAAUACAAAAAAGAACUCAUCGAAUUGGGGCGACCAUCCGAUACAAUAAAGGAGACUCUGGCUUUCUCAGCCGAAUCAGAAAAGUCUUGCAAAGACAUUUGUCAAGAGGGUUACAAGGUGGGGUCGAAGAAAAGGCAUGUCUUAGGUCAUACCGGAAGUGGUGUGCAUCUUGUCCGCCAUUAUGACAUUCUGACAAGAUACAUGAUGUUUCAACAGUACACAUCACCAGCGUACAUUGUAGUGUACAAGACAUUUCUUGGAAAAUCAAAGCCAAUUGUGCCCCGACUCCACAAAGAUGAUAAUUAUGUCCCUCCGUACAUGGGUUUUGAUUCCCAUGUGUCUGCUAGACAUAUAGACAAGGAAAUGCCGAUAUGUGAGGCCCUGAACUGUAGCUAUGUAUAUUUAUACGAGUUUGAUCCAAUUGCUUCAAAUCCAGUAAAACAUCCACGACAAAUUUUACCUUACGUCAUCAUUCAACUGGAGAAAAAAAACCCUUGUGUUCCUGAAAAUCCAUUUCUUACUGUUGGUACUGAUGAAACACGUUCAACGUGGGAGGUCAAAGGUGAAACAAGGCGUGGCUUCAGGUUCAUGUUCACAAAGUCCGGACUGAAAGGAAAACAUAAAGUUUUUAGUAAAGGUUGCAACAGGGCGAACAUUGGAUCAUAUUUAAAAGGGCAAAUACUUGAAAUGCGUACAAAGUCUGCAGGAUCUGUGUCCGAAGUAAAACCUCCUUUGCUGCAAAAGAUAGAUGAAAGCAGCAUUAUUAUUAAUUCAGAAGGGAUGAGCACAAGUAAACCACCGCAUUUACAAAAAUUUUCAAAAAGUUAUCUGCAGUCGCCCUCUAAAAAGAAAAGUUUUAUAUUCAGCAAAGAAAUCGAAAACCUUGUGAUACCUGACACUUUACGUGAAAUUCGACAACUUUCAAAUUUAAAACCAUGUGUAAAGUUAAAACGACUCGAUUCUGUUUAUUUAAAAGGAGCUACAUUUAGGAUUAAAAACGGAAAUGAAAACUCGAACAACAAGGACUCUGUAAAAACAAAAGCAAAUUUUGAAGCAAACAGUACUGACAAUUCAAAGUUAUCAUCUUCGAAUGAAGAUAAAGGUAAAGAUGUACCAUGUUUACAGAAAAGUGAGACAGAAAGAACUGUGUCUACGCAUUGUGAAAAUGGUAAAAAUGGACCAACACUUAUCUCAGGUGGUGCAACUAUUAAGUGUAAAACUAACAGAAGAAAAACUUCUAAAGAACCAAAAACAAAUGAAACUCAUAUAGGUUUUAGCUCAUCAGUGAACAGUGAUAUAGUACCCGAAAGCAGAAGAAGGAGUACCGAAAAGACAAUGACAGAAACCACUUGCGAUAAGUUUACAGAUAAAAUUGAAAGUUUAACUCCUAAAGCAAAUAAAACAACAGAUCAAACUUUGUCAAAAAUCCUCGACGCCGAAACCCAAAUAAGAGUUCGAACAACAGCUAAAAUUCUUGAUGAAUAUAAAAAGACAACCAAUACAGUUGCAGAUAAAACAGAACUGUUGAUGAGAAAGGACAAAUCUUUACAUAUGUGUUCGAAAAAUGAUUCAUACAAUAAGCAAGCUUCGUUUUGUGUUAAGCCAUCUCAAAAUGAAGUCCAGUCUACUUCAAAUGAUAUUGCUAAUGACAUUAAAGUAAAUCCGUCGGUGCAAAAAUGUGCAGGUGCAUCGAGUCUUACAAGAGACGACUCGGCUGUCAUUAAAGAGAGCAAAAAUAAUCCCAAGCUCCCGGGCAAGAACUAUAAAACAGAUAAAGGAAAGCUUGAAACAGGUGAUAGUGUAGAUUUAUUGAAAAAGAAAUCAAAAUUGGUACAUAAACAUGAAUUAGAUCGAAGUUUACCUAAGCUUAAAACAUAUUCUAGAGCAGCAAAGCUUAGAGAUUUAAGAUUACGAGACGCCAAAGAAAAAUCUCCUAGAAAUAAAACUGACGUAGAUAAAGCGGAUAAAAAGAGAUCAGCUCAUCGAAAAGAAAAUCAAUGUGAUGUAUGUCCAGAAAAGGAAAAGCAACGGAAAGGAAUAUCGUCAAGAUGUUACCCAACGAAAACAAAAUUUGGCAUGAUUGCAUAUACAGUUAAUAAGAGCAAAGCUAGAUCUGGAAAAUAUGUGAAAGGAAAAUAUCGCUCUGACAAUAUUUUAAAACAAUUAGAGAAAGGUAAAACCGACAUGCAGACUAAAGAAUAUGACUUUCAUGCUCCAAAUAUAUUCCCACAUAAGGAACACAGUAUACUGAAACCGAAACCUGGGAGAGUAACGCGAGACUGUUCAGAUAAUGAUGAUAAAGCUAGUAAAUCAUACAAAAAUUCAAAUGAAUCAAUGAAGAUCAGCAGUCCAUCGGGCGAUACCGGGCAAAGUGAACUUAUUACUGCAAAUAAACAAUCAAAUAGAAAUUCAGUAGCAAGUGCUGCUAGUUUUGAAAAACAUACAGACGCAUCCAGUAAUAAUCUUGCUAGGAACGCAAAAAUAGUCGAGCCGGAUCACCAUUUCAAAAAACAAAGUCAGAAUCAGACGCAGCGUAUGGUUCUUGAAAAGAGUAAAUCACCAGUAGUUGCAAACGCUGCGCCUGAUAUAUUGAAUAUAAGCCCCUUUCCAAUAUCUGCUCAGACGUCCACGUGCUCCAUUUCAGAUAGUACUGUGACUGUUCAAAAUGAAUCAGUAAACAUCAAAAGUCCAACAGAAAAGCAAAAACAAACAGACGUUUAUCAAGAAACCGAUUUGUUUGAUAAAAGUAACUUUUUCUUUUCAGAAAUGUCAUCUUUCUACGGUAAAACGGAGAAAGUACAAACGAUAGAACUAAUCGAACAAUUCCCAGACUCCUUUAACCAUAACAUUGUGGUGAAUCCUGUAUUACGAGUGACGCCAAAUGCCGAACUGCCAACCCUGGCUGAAAGAAAAAAGUCCCGAAGUAAAAAGAGAACAAGUGAACAAACACAAAGAGACCCGGACAAUGAUGCUAACAUGAAACCAACGGUGCCGGGUACGUCUCCGCAACAUAACGAAGCCCCCUUUGGAAUGGAAAUCACGCACAAAAGUUCAAAUUUAGCAGUUGUUGGUAAAAAAGAUAAUAAAAAUACAACACCGUUAAGUAAACAAUCUAUGAUAGCAAUAAGACCGUUAACAAAUACGAAGAAUGAUUCCAGUAAAGCAGCUGAUAAAUUAUUUGAUGUAAGCACAUCUCAAAGUCAUAUUAUUACUCCGAUGAUACCACCUGACAUAACUGAAAUCCCUACCGUUCCUUCAGCCCAAGGUAAAGAUGCUGUAAGAAAAACAAGCACCAACAAAACCACUGGGGUGAAAGAAGCUCAGUCUAAACUUAGGUCGAAACAAGGUUCCAAAUGCAAGAGGUCAAAAUCUGCUGGUAAAGAUGAAAAUAAAAACAUUAGAAAGAGUAAAGACAAGAAUGUGCCAUCAGUCAAAACUUCUGUGAUAGACAUAAUUGAUUCUAGCAAUUCUACGGAAAAGUCUGACUUAUUUCACUUCACAUGUAGUGAUCAAAACAGUUUAGCAAAUUCAGACUCGGAUAGAAGUAACCGUGAUAAAAUUGACUCUUGCAGGCAACAAAAAUUACUGGAAAAUUUCGAACAGAAAACAGAAAACAAAGUUAGUAAUACGAAUGAAGAAGUAAAGAAGCCAAGAAAGAAACAAGAUGAAUUUACCAAAGAGAAAACAGAAACCCGUAUUUCUUCGGUAGAAAAAGAGAUUAUGACGGAAUAUAAUCAAGAACCAAAAACGCCUGGGGAACAGCAGCAGCAUGUAGAAAUGUCUGACAAUGCAAAUGUUAAGGUUAACACGUUUGCUGCAGAUAAAUUCCGAUCUUUCCUAAAUUCAACCGCCGCUGUAGCGUUGCAGCACAGAAAAUCUGUGGAUCAGAAAAGUGAUACAGAAAUAGAAGAUACAAGCUCUAAUAAACAGAAUCCAGAUCUUGAAAGUCCUAUAACUAAUUAUGAUACCGAAUUCAAAACAUCACUCGAUCAGAAAAGUAAUACAGUAGGCACAAAUGGCGUAGACUCUAAGAAUCGGAAUCAAAACCACAAAAGCCCAAAACCAAACCCUGAGGAGAAAACCAAAGGAUGUUGCAACUCCCAAGUAUUUGAAGUAAGUAAUGAAACAAAUCUUACAUUUUCAGAAAAGCCAAAAGAUACAUCGAAGAAGAGCUAUGUGCAUUCACAAGAUGCCAGCAAAACCAAAAACACAGAAACCCUCUUGAAGCAACCAAAGAAUACAUUUAUAAAACAUAAUACGAGAAUUGACUCUGCUGAAAUGCAUGACAGUGAUUCCCAAGACACAGUUAUUGGUGGUGUCAGAGAUUCUCCAUUGCGACAUUUUACCUCCGUGACAUCUUCACAAGAGCAUUUGAAGUAUGUUGAUACAGUAUCGACGAAAGUAAAACAUUCAGCAACUCAACCUAAAAUUGCAUGUAAUAUAAAGCAGGAAAAGGUAGCAGAUGGAUAUCAAGACGAAAUUUUUCCGAAUGAUAAAGCAAAAUUUACCGAUUCUGCUUCUGAAAGCCAUCCACAACUUGUAAAUGAGAAUAUCCUGAACAUAGUUGGUACGUACCAUGUUAACCAGUUAUCAUCAGACACUUUAAAUACAGACAAAAGGCAUGACGAACUUAUGUCUAACAAUGAGAUUAAACAAGAACCGAUUGAUCAAGUAUCAGACGCCACUCCUCAAUUAACUUCAACUCCAGAUAUAGGAACACAGCCCAUGAAAGUUGAGCCAUGUUCCCCUACGUGCAUUUUCCCUAAAACACGCCGAGAAUUAGCAAAAGGAACAGCUAUGCUAGAUGCCACCGAAUGCAGAAGCGCAAUCGUUGACACUCUAAAAGAACUAUCAUCAGUCUUAAAAUUUCUUACCGAGAAUAAUAAUCAGAGUCCAAAGCAAACAGAAAAGGUAGCAUUAGUUGCAAAGAGAAUGUGCAACGUACUAUCUUGUGAAAGUACGACGGAAGCCUCAAAAACUGAUGAAAGUCUACUGACUAAAGACCUGACAAGUAAUGACCUGCAUAUUAAGACAGAGCCUAUCGACACCGAAUAUUCUAAAAUCAUGGAGGGAUCAUCCCAAAGAAACUUAAAAAGUCAUUGCUUGACGCCAGGAGAUAGCUUUUGUCGAUCAGAGCGCGAAGAAAACCACCGUGACAACGAAUGCCCUUCAGGUGGUAAUGAAUUUAAAUACGAGUACAUAAUAAAAUCUUCUGGAGACGAGUACCGAAGAACAUGUGAAAGUGUAGCAGCAGAACAUCUCCGGAAAGAAACAAUGAACAGAGCAUCUCAUAAUAACGAACCACUACCAAAUAACGAUCACAUUGCAUCCAAAGAUUACUCAGUGCUGAAUGAAACUUCACAACAUCGAUAUCUCGGACCAAGCUCUGAAACAGUUGUGGAGCUGUUAAAUCAACAUGAAAAAGAUGAACUCCCUCGACUGUUUGAUCCAAACGAAGAGCCAGAUAUUUCCUGUCUAGAACAGUUUGGAAUUCCAAAGGAGCUACGUCGAAACAAUACAGAAGCAACGAAACAUACUGAAUUUCUUUCAUCGGAAAAGCCAGCUGCAGAUAAUAACACCAACACAGCACCACCAGAAAAUAUCUUGAUGAAGGAAAUCAAAACCGAAAAAGGCACAGAUUGUAUGACAAUAAAAUCAAAACCAAAACAACACUUUAACCUAAAAACAGGGGUUUUAAAUAAGGGACUCAAAGAAAGGAAAAACAUGUUUGAUUUAAAAAUUAACGCUUCAAGGCGUAAAACAGCUGCGAACAUAAAACCGGUAGAUAGAAAAUUUUCUGUAACGCCUAAAAUACAAAUCACCCAAAAGUCAACUUCACAAAAAUGCGUGCUUGAGAAAACGGAACAAAAUAAUUUAGCUAAAGUAGAAAACCCAAGUUAUCUUAAUUAUCAUGAGGAAACGGAUGGCAUUAUGAAUGAAGUUUACAAAACCGUAUGUGAAAAAUUAUCAACGCUAAAAGAAAGUUGUAUUUUAGAACAUGAUGAUAGUUUUCCUCUAGGACUUACUAAGUCAGACUCGACGAAGAUAAAUGAAUGUAAAUCUUCCAUAAAUUCAGAUACUUCGGUUCCUAGUAAAGACAUACAACCGCAACCAAUAUCAGGUGACAGUAAAAACGAAAAUGAUAUGUCAGCAGUUAAAGUUAUAAGUCCAAAAGAGGAAGUUAAAAAAGCAAAUACUAAAAAGCAGGCACCUAUUCCUUUUCAUACUGUUCUAAAGCUUAAAAGGCAACAGUUCUGGAAAUAUAAAAGAGGUGAAACUAACAAAAAAUUUAUAGACUACAAGGAAUUGUUUUCAAAGAUGUCGUCGAGAAGACAGGACAAAUCUUAUGGAAAACCUUUAGACGUACAGAAGAACCAAAAUACGUAUAGCAAGCAGACAAGCAGUGGUGAUAUAUCCAAAUCUAAUGAAAACCUUGGCAAAAAGCUGAAUUAUUUCAUUCCAAGUAGUAAGACUUCUGCAAUAAGUGAACGAGGAACGGCUCUUAUAGAAGAUAAUAAAAGUAAGGAAUUGCUUCCGGAAACGGUAAAUCUUAAACGCAACAUUUCCGAUGCAGAUGAAGGGAACAGUUCAAAACGCAUUAAAUUCUCAUCAGGUAAUACUGAAAGAAAAGAGUCCGAUUCCAAUCGAUCAAGAAGUAGAAGUAGCCCUCGGUCAUCGACAAGUCGAAAUAGAUCAGAUGGAUAUUCAUCGUCGUCAAGUGGUAAGCAUAAAUCAUCUAAUGGCAGUCGAAAAUGCGGCGAUUAUUCCGUCCGUCCCAGUCGUCCAUAUAGUAAAUUCAGUCAUAAUAUAAAACCGGUUUAUGCACAAAGAACAUAUUUCAACGGAAGGGGUUCGUAUAGACCGUAUCCUGCACGACUAAACCAAAACCUUAGAUCUGCUGGAAGAUCGUCAUUUAACAAAAGCGGUACUGGAUACUUCUCCUGGCGCAGAAAAUACCAACCUCAAAGAAAUGUCUUUGAUGGCUUUGUUGUAACAGAUAGGGGUUCUGUUCAGACUAUGUCAGAAUAUGCUGAAUGGAAUAGAUUUAAAGAACGCGAAACGCUUCGAGAUCAGAUAGAAAUUGCUAUAAAAGAAUACAGGAGAACUUUUGAAAAUACACCAGAUGAUUUUAAAGGAGAUGAAAAAGUUGCAAGUUAUCUCUCAUUUUUAACUGAAAAGCUAGAUAAAAUACAGAGUAAAAGAGACAAACUCAGUAUGGUUGAAACUAAUGAAGAGCGUAGAAGUAAGCACAGAAGAAGUACAUCCUCUGAAAAGGUGCCGUCAAGAUCCCCGCAGCCUAGAAGGGAAAAUGAAAGUCACUUGUUUAGAAAAUUGGAAAAGUCACAAAAUUUUCAUCAACAUGAAACACAGAAACACUCAUCAGUGACCCGGUUCAGUGGUUCCUUGGCGAGUGAUAGUGAUAGUCUCUCGUACAAACAGCGCCGGCAUGCGAGUGGUAUUGAAGAACUUCUUAAGGAACAUAUUGCCAAACAUUGUGAACAUUUAACAAAACAAAUAAAACAGGAAAUGGUUGACUUGAAGACAACUAAAUCAGGUUCUACGGGGAAAGAACACAAGGACAGCUCUUAUCAUAGCGAUUCGCAUCGCAAGAAGUACGGGGAUGAUAAAUAUCGUAGGCAUUCUCGUGAACGUUACGAUUCUAGCCGAACAAGAAAAGGCGAAUCUUCCAGACACGGAGGGGAAUACAGUAAAGAUUACCACGGAUCAAAGGAUAAGCCCUAUGACAGAAAAUACUACAAGCACCCGCAAGAUAAAUAUGAUAAAGGCAAAUAUAGUUACCACAGGAUGGGACGAGACGAUAAAUAUGAUAACAAGUGUUCUUAUGGUGAUAAAUAUGAAAGAAGACAAGACUCUUUCAGGAAUCAACAUAGCAGGAACUACGGGCCGAGAUAUGAUAAAGACUACUAUUCCAAUUCCAAAUAUCAUCGGGAAUAUGAAGCUGGUAAUUUCGAUGACAACAUAUUUGGAGAUGAAGUUUCAAGAAAUGACACUGACCGCAACCAUGACAGGGGCCCAGAUUACCGUAAAACGUAUGAUUAUCAACAAAACUUUGAUAGAUAUCAAGAGAAACUGCAAGAAGAACAUGGAACUUUGAUGGUAAAUAGUUUUAGACAAAACCAUUACGAUGGCAAUAUUAGGAAAAGACUUGGUUUGAGAAACAUAGGCCAGUAUUCGAAAGCAUAUCAACCAAAACAUUGGUUUAGAGGAAAGUAUAGAACUUAUUUCAAUAAAGGUAGCAAUGAUUCCAAGAAUGUGUCUGAAGAGAGAAACGAAAAUGAGUCUGAGGCAGAUACGGAGUCUGUUCAAGAUGAAUUCGACGCUACGCAAUACAGACAGUUCAUACCCACAUCUAGAGGAUAUAAUAAGCGAGGUCGAGGCUUUUUAAGUGGUAUAAAUAAAUCCCAACCCGCAUAUAAACAACAUUAUCAGCCUGCAAAGUUUUCCAAAUUUAGAAAUCCAGCCACUUAUUUCUUCCAUGGAGAUGAAGACACUGGUAAAGACAACAAAAAUGAGAAUAAGAAGUCUGAUUCAGUAAAACCCAAGAAAGAUUGCACUUCAGUUGAGGUUACAUUUGGGAAAAGCGCCACAAACUCGAAUCAGGGACCAGCAUCAAUAAAAUCAGACCAGCCAAAACCUAAUCCUGCAAUGUCUGGUAUUCGACAGAUAACCAAAAAAGAACAGUUAUAAAUUGUAGUUUAAACACUAUAAAAGAGAAUUCCUAACGAGAAUUAGCUGAUCAUCAGGUAAUCUGCUUAUAGAGGCCAUAUUUGAGAACAGGUUUUAUUUUAUAUGAAAUACAUUAUGUUUGUAUGAAUUGUUUGACUGUAGGGAUAAUUUUCAGAGUAUUUUUCUAUUCGCAUUUUCUGUACAUGUAAGGCGUAAAAAAAUUGCUUGUUUCCGGUAUCCCGACCUACCCUAUUUUUUUGGCCCGACCCUAAAUGUUUUUGUGGCCUUGGAGAAUAUUUUUUCAAUUUUUUUUAACAAAAAGUUGCAGAACUGCACUUUUUAUGCUUUAAACAUGGUCAGUGAUGUUAGAAAUCAACUUACUGAUACAUUUUUUUAGGCCUAUUUGACACUUUGCCUCAACAUGAAAGUAAAUGUACUCGUAUAUAUGACUCUCUUUUCCAUAUUUAUUUUUUGUACAUAAAGUAUAAGCAGAAACUGCAUAACUUUGCAAAGCUCGGAAACGCAUGUCUGUUGCCAUUAAUGUAUAUAUCAUGUAAGUAUUAGUAUUUAAAACAGUGCCAAAAUAGACGGAAAUGAAUUACGCCAAUGCUUGUAAUUGCGCCUAUUUAUUAGAUAAAUGCAGAGCGUUUUGUCUAAGCAGAUAUUACAGAUUUUCUGUACGUUGAAUGAAAAUGUUAACCUAUAUAUAAAUAAUGAAGUGUUUGUACAACAUAUGAUUUUGAAGCCACGAAACCUAUGCAUGUCUAUGUCGCAUACUGUUUUCAUGGCUACGUAUUGAACAUCUAUGUUGUCCAAAAUUGAGAAAUUUUGUUUGAUAUAAAGUCUUAUUUUAUGUAAAAUAAUAUCCGUAUAAAUGUUUACCUGUAUAUAAUAAAAGUUGCUGUAUUUAUAUUCAUGACAAAUUUCACUUAUAACAUGUUAAAUGUUAUCUAAUAACAAAUUAUUAAAACAUUCAUUGAGAUAAUUAAUGAAUAUAACCAGACAUGAUUUGAAAAAUGAAAUAAAAUAUUUUAUUUUGA